AUGACUACUAACAAAGGUUUAAUCCAUCUUAAGAAAAUGUUUCGUGAUUUUGAGAUAACGAAAGAUUUCGCAUAUUGCUUACGAAAUUGUGUGAUAAACAAAGCUACUGGAAACGGACAUGUUGAAAUUGAAUUGGAAGUAGCCGAUGAACAUCUGAAUCCGUCCAGUACAAUACACGGCGGCUUUACGGCAACAUUAGUCAACAUCGCUUCCACUGCAGCUGUUCUCGAUUCCGGUAGACCGACAGGUGGACGUUCUGUGGAUUUAUCCGUUUCGUACCAAAGCGCAGCGAAAUCCGGUGAAACGAUUAUUGCCGAGUCAACCGUCCAAAAGACAACCCGUAAUUUUGUGUUCAUCAACACAAAAAUUUACCGGAAAGCUGAUAACAUGAGUAUAGCCACUGGUCAAGAAACGAAAACAUUCUUGCCAGCUGAGUGA